AGAAAACAAUAACGCUCAUCUUUACACAAAUAGAUAUUAUAGAUAAAACAACGGUGACCUACCUCUACACAAUCAACCGCCUGAGACAAUGUUAGGUCAACCGUCAGCGACAACCUGGAUAUCAAACAAUUCAGAAACGAAGGGCCCAAAUGACAUACAGGAAUCUAAGCAAAACAUUGCAAUGGACAACAGUACGGCCACAGUACUGCCGCAGACAUUGGACGAAGAGCAGGUAGUGAUGACACCGCUAGGAAAAACGAAUACCUCUACGGUGUUGAUUAUCGAGCGCAAGUUAGUACAAUCCGUCGACAAAAGAACGCAUGUAGCCGGCGGCGAUCAUCUUGGAAUCAUUGUCAACAAGGACAAGAUGGCUGGAGGACAAGCUGGUGAGCAGCGUGACCCCCCGCAGUUGAAUUUGGAGUUUCGCGUCUUUCUUGUCAGCGCCAACACAGGUCAACAUUCGCAAGAAUCGCGACACAUCAAGUUUUGGUUCCGCCCGUGGCUCACCUCUGACGAUGUCCAGGCAAAAGUGGCCCAGGAAUUUUUCCGUGACCUUGUCAGUCCGAAAGAAUUUCCACGAGACUAUGUUGGAUUUAUUAAAAAAAUCAUGAAGCUACUGCAAAAAGGCUACAAUGAGGUUCAGGCUCUUCAAAUAGAGUUGCGAAUCCUCGAAGAAAUGUCUACUCCGCCAUCGAGACCGCUGUCUUUCGAAGAUACGCAAUUUGAAUUUGUACCACUAACACCGGAGAAGAUUCUGGAGCUUAUCGAGCAAGCCUUUCCGAACCCUAUCACACCCGAAGAUUUAGCGAAGGACUACGGAUGGAUGGAGGCGGAUGUGCUCGCGGUCAUGCUCGUUCUCAAGGAACGAGGGCUGAUUAAAUCGAUGGAGUAUAAUUCGUUUACUCGCAUUCACCAUGGCGACCAGGAAAUUAAAAUCGUAAAACAAAUGCCGACGAUUUCCUCGAGUAAGCAGCCGACGAUUGCAAUCGUCACGGCACAAUAUUGUGAAAAGGUGGCCGUCGAUGUGAUGCUAGAAAACAAGGAGACAUUCGUUCGUUACACUACUGUUGGCAAUAGUCGCGAAAAAAACGUUGACGUUCCAGAUCAACAAAGGCGAAAGAAGAAUCGGUUUGGCGAAUCAAACGUUUAUACUCUUGGUAAUAUUGGUGCGCAUCGCAUCGUUAGUACUAAACUUCCCUCUGUUGGUAGCACCAGGGAAGCGAUGACUGCUGCAGGUAACACAACAACCCGACUUUUGGGUACUUUCCAAAAGGUUGACUAUGUGUUCAUUGUUGGUGUGGCGGGUGGAAUACCUCACUAUACGGACUACCGAAAGCAUGUUCGCCUGGGUGAUGUAGUAAUCGCCUGUUCUGCAUUAGAGGGCAAACACAACGCCCAGCAGUAUCACAAACCAUACUGCUACGUUUACAGCACAUUGGAUGAAGUCAAAAAGUACAACCCGCAGAUCGAUACGCUGCAAACUAUCGCUCGGACGCUUGUGAGUAGCAACGACAAGAAGAAGCCUUGGGUAGAGUACAUUAGGCAGGGUCAGCAGCAACUGAGCGAACGAAAUGAAUCAGAUUUUUCAAGACCCGCUUCAAACACGGACAAAUUGUACAUGAACAUAGGUAACAAGGACGUAAUCGAGGUUGCACAUCCAAUGCCAACACCUCAGGACGAAACUGAUACAAGCGUGAGCAGCCCACCGCAGACCCGGCUUCACACUGGUCCGAUCGGAUGCGGAUACGACCUCAUUCGAUCGGACAGUGCUCGCUCGCAUUACGCUCAAGCAUAUAACUUGUUGGCGACUGAUAUUGAGAUGAACUCGGUGUUAGAUAGCAUUGUUGGCAACUGCCGUGAUAGUUUCAUUCUUGUGAAAGGUAUCUCAGACUACAAGGACGGGACGACUUCGAAGAAGUGGCAAAACCAUGCCUCACUCGCCGCAGCUGCUGUCAUGAAAACGAUCAUAUGCGCAAUGGAUCCACCAGACAACGUAUAAGGUUGACGUAUAAAGUUUUUAUUUUGUGUAACCCUACACUGCAUUUUUAAUUGAAAAGAUAAUCUUCAUUACAAACCAGCAUAAAAUACCAAAAUACCACGGAAUAGAUGUGUUAUCUACAAGUAAACCCCAGUAAAAUUGCUGUGUUGAAAGUGUGAACCAAAACAAUGUGAGCCAAAUACCUAAAAACUUGUGUAUUUAUGUUCAAAGGAGAACAGAAGCAUAUUUUAAAAUUAACAAAUUUAUUAGAAUGAAGUUCUAAGUUCGCAUAAGAUAGUGCAUAUGGUAGGUACUAUCUGACUGGUGACACAAAGAAACAAAUAUUGGAAAUAAUGAAAAUAAGUGUAAGAAUACACUUAAAUGUAUACACGUAGGAAUAAGUGCCGAUUUUCAACUUUUUCGAAAGGGUGGCUCAUGGGAUUAGUAAAAGCAGUGUCAGCUAAUUUUUUAUUAACACCGUUUUCCAUUGAUUUGGUUCCCCCUUAUAUGCUUAUUACACUCAUCAGUAUGUCAAUAAAAUAUA